AUGCAAGCAAAGCUGUCUGAUUUUGGUCUGGCUAGGAUGAUAGGUAUGGAAGAGAGCAAAGUGUUUACCGAUGUUCGAGGAACGAUAGGAUAUAUGGAUCCUGAAUAUAUGAGCAAUGCCAAACUAACCAGUGCCAGCGACAUCUACAGUUUUGGCAUUGUCAUGCUGCAGCUCUUAUCCGGGCAGAGGGUCAUCGAGCUCGAUCUGGACGCAAGAGACCAGCUCACCAGGAAGGCAAAAGAUGUGAACAAGCAAAAACGGCCACUAGCAGAUUUUCAAGAUCUUAAGAUGAAAGGAAAUAUUGUGAUGGUAGAUUUUAAGUCCAUACUGCAAUUAGCAGUGCUCUGUGUGGCAAGUUCCAGCACCGGCCGCCCAAGCGUAGAUGAGGUUGUAGAAGAGCUCGAGAAGGCUUUGAAAAACACACAGCUGCAAAUGUAUGUAGGUGUGUAUGUUAUUUGGAAUACGAAAUCACUAACGAGGCACUUGGUUGGCUUGCAGAGACAAAGGGAAAAGAGUUCAUUUGAAGCAACACCCUCGAAAUCACCAGAAGUGAUUCAUGUGUGA